AUGGGGCCCGAGGGCCUGAUUAUACAGGUCAACCCACACCGUUCUGCCAGGACGCAAGACCUACUCAUGCAGGUCCUGGCCGAGUGGGGUGUGGGAUUGGCCGUCGUGGCGGAGCCGCAUCGGGGCCCCAAUCACUCUAAUUGGGUGGGAGAUUUGGACGGCUCCGCCGCAAUAUAUAGCUGCGGCAGGUGGACUCUGGAGAGGUUCGAGGAGCACCUGGACGAGGUGGGGAGAUGCGUCUGCCGCUGCUUACCUCGUCCGGUGUUCGUCCUGGGAAACUUUAAUGCCAAGUCACAGGCUUGGGGAACCCCAAGAACAGACUCGAGGGGCCGGCAGGUGCUGGUCUGGGCGGCGGGACUUGAGCUCCGACUGAUAAACACGGGCUCGGUCCAUACGUGGGUGCGGAACAACGGGGGAUCUAUUGUUGACCUGACAUGGGCAACACCUCCGGCCGCGCGCCGUAUCACGGGGCGAAGAGUGGCAGAAGAGGUCGAAUCACUGUCGGACCACCGAUAUAUAGUGAUCGGCCUCUCCGAUACCCCGCCGUCGACACUACGGCGUUGCCCGAAAAAGGAGAAGCCACCACCUCGGUGGGUCCUCAAGAAGAUGGACCAGGACGCCCUGAUGGCGGCAGCCCACGUCAUGGCCUGGUCACGAAGAACGGCCAGGCCAGUCGACAGGCAGGAGGAGGCGAAAUGUUUCAGGGGCGCAAUGACGUCCAUUUGCGAUGGCCAUGGCGAUCGCCAUACCCCGGGUCAAGUUCCUCCUAAGGAAGGCGGUUUACUGGUGGUAGCGCGAGAUAGCAGAAUUAAGGACCAACUGUCUGGCCAACAAGACGGCGAAGGCCCGAGCAUGGAGAGAUCUCUUAGGCUCUCUAAACAAAGAACCGUGGCGGCGCCCUUACAAAAUGGUAAUGGGACGACUUCGUCCAUGGGCACCCACGACCACAGAGAGCCUGGACCGCCAAGUACUCGGGGGAUCGUGGACAAGUUAUUUCCCCCACAGAAAGAGGGGUCCCGACCCUAUCCCGAGGCAGGUGAACCGGUCGCCGACUGGUCCCCUGAGUUGGGGGUCACCGAGGAGGAGAUGGUCGGGGUGAUACGUCGGAUCCGGGUGAAGAGAACCGCCCCUGGUCCUGACGGAAUCCCCGGCCGAGCCUGGUCCUUGGCUUUGGGCGUCCUAGGAAAGAGACUCCGCGGCCUGUUUACCGCGUGCCUGAAGUCGGGGCUGGUCCCCGACCUAUGGAAAACAGGGCGGAUGGUCCUCCUGAGGAAGGAAGGCAGGCCUGCAGAUUCUCCCUCCGCGUACCGGUCGAUAUGUUUGUUGGACGAGGUGGGCAAGAUGUUCGAGAAGAUCAUCCACACUUGCCUCUUCCAGCACCUGUUCCGCGACGGACUCAACCUGGCGGAAUGCCAGUAUGGUUUUCGAGAGGGCCGAUACACCAUCGAAGCGGUGGAUCGGGUGAGGCCCCUCUCGGCGGCGGCCAUCAGCCGUGGCGGAGUGUGCUUGACUACAUCCCUCGAUGUAGUCAAUGCGUUCAACACCCUGCCCUGGACCGCCAUUAGGGCAACUAGUCCUAUGGGCUAUAGGUCCCAUUAUCUUAGGGCGAUGAUCGGGUCCUACCUGUGGGACAAGGGGAUUCUGUACCGAGACCGGUACAGAUUGACGCGGAGGCCGGUGGACUGUGGGACCUUGGUUAUAACACAGUCCUGCGGGCCCCGCUUCCCGACGGGUCCACCUUGGUGUGUUACGCAGAUGACACCUUGUCGGGAAGUAGCUCGGGAGGAUCAUUGCCCGAGCGGAGGUCGCGGUGGCAGCCGUCAUCGCGCGGAUCCACGACCUGGAUCAGAGGACAGAUCCGGGCAAGACCGAGGCCGCCCGUUGAAUCAGACGGCCUCGGUCGAGAGCUCUCCCAAGGUCGUCGAUCCGGAGAGGUGGAGCCUGCAUCGAGGUGGGCCCUACCUCGAGAGCCACUGGAAUUUCGAGGCGCACUGUGACCGUCUGGUCCCCCUAGUCGAGUGGGCGGCGGCCACUUUGGGCCGUCACAUGCCGAAUCUCGGGGGAACCGGGGACAUGGUGCGCCGCCUUUACAUGGGCGUGAUGCAGUCGAUGGCCCUAUAUGGGUUUCCCAUUUGGGCCGCUACAGGGAUGAGGAGCCGGCGCAACUUUUGGACCUUGCGCCGGCUACAGCCGCCCUUGACAAUUAGGGCCAUCAGGGGGUACCGCAACACGUCCUCGUUGGCGGCGCUGGCUCUGGCGGAGGAGAUACCCAUCGAGCUACAGGCCACGCGUGGAGAGUUGUCUCUCCACACCUAUAAACGCGUCGCCGUGGCUCUUCUGCCACACCUAGAUAGGUGGCAGAAAAGAGGCUUCGGCAGGCUCACCUGCCACAUAACACAGGUACUCAGCGGCUACGGUUGCUUCGGUAAGUACCUGUGUCGAAUUGGUAGGGAAGCGACGGCGGCUUGCCACCAUUGCGUCGAGAAGGAGAACACGGCGCAGCACACACUGGAGGUGUGCCACGCCUUUUCAGCGCUGCGCCGAGUCCUAACGGACGUCAUUGGGGGUGACCCCUCGCUGACAACAGCAGUAGGGGCUAUGCUGACAAGCAAGGGGUCCUGGAAUGCUGUGGCCACCUGCUGCGAUGAGCGAACCGUUAAACACCCGGUAAAGGUGCAUGUUUGGGGUUGCUUUUCGAAGCAGAGAUUCGGUACUUUGCACGUAUUCACUGACAAUUUAAACGCUGCCAAAAUGGUCAAAAUCUAUCAGAGAGCCUUAUUACCAUCUGCCCAGAGGUGGUCUAUAAGAAAUAAUAAACAUUGGCUACUGGAAGAGGAUAAUAACCCAAAACAUCGAAGUCGACACUGUACAGCCUGGAAAGAGGAAAAUCACAUCGAUGUAUUAGAUUGGCCUUCACAGUCGCCGGAUGCAAAUCCAAUAGAAAAUGUUUGGGCAAUCAUGAAAAUCAAGCUCAGAGGAAAGAAGCACAACACGAUCAAGAAGCUGAUUCGUCAAAUUCGAUUGGUAUGGAGGUCCUUAUCUCGUGAUUAUGCGAUUACAUUAGUAGAAAGUAUGCCUCGAAGAUGUAAAUUAAUUAUUGAUAAUGGCAGUGACUGGGCACCAUAUUAA